AUUGCGCUGUUGCGCUUUUCAGAGAUCCCGGGCAGAUGGAGGAGGCACUGUCCGCACGGGCCGAUGAUGUCGGGCGCUGGCUGCAACUUGGUCGGCGAGGGAGUCGUCGCGGCCGAGACCGGAAACGCGGCGGCCGCUGGCAAAUGCGUUUGCGGUCCGUCGGUGCCCUGGUGCCCGGGUGAGCCGCGGCCCUACAUGUACACGACGCGGCACGAGUGCCGGCUCAAUUUGGAGGCGAAAAUUGCUUACGAUGACCUCUAUAAUUCUGGCGACACGCCGAGCAGCACCGCCAUCGAGGGGAUUAAAGGGAAAUUAUACGAGAUCGCGUUUCAACGGCGAACUAUGCGGCGACUCUUCCUUUGACACCAUCACGGCUUUAGCAGUAUUCGACUCUCGGCAUUAAUACGUGUGUGUUUCGGCCAGUUAACAAGUGUUACUAGGUCGAAACUUCCAACUUUCCGGCGGAUCAAAUAUGCCGUGUCAUCCUGUUGCCCACGGAGAAUCUUUAAUAGAAUAUUCGAGCAAAGAUUAAUGCUGCUAAUUUUGAUAUGAUAUUUCU